AGAGAUAGCUAAUCGGCAUAACAUGAUACUAAGUCUCAAUUUUAGCAAGUGCCAUUGUAAGGAAACCCUAUCAUGCGUGUGUUUCAAAUAGUCGGUCAUUUGUGUCUCCUUACUUUGUUGAUACUCCCUGGAGAAAUCGCCGAAUGACACCAGAGCGACCGCUGGGACGCGAGUAACCGUCCUCGGGCUGCCGCGUCGGUCGAGGUCGUCGCCCACUCUUCGCUCUACUCGACGGGCUGGCCUUGACACAUUCCACACAACUUGGACGCAUUUGAGGAUGUGCGGCUGGAGGACAGCAGAGCACCUGUUGCCGCCUCACCGUCACCUCUGAGGAAGAUUGGAAGGAAGGAAGCGAAUGGAGGAGCGCAGCCAGUCCAACGCAAGCGGGCGUCACUUGGACGAUGGCCGGGCGAGAGUGCAAAGUACCUUGGCGUUUUCGGGACCGGUUAUUGCCAUUCUAACCGUGAUGAUGGUGACUGUGGUGGUCGUGACCGUUUUGGGCAACGCGCUGGUCAUGUUCGCUUUCAAAGUGGACAAGAGUCUGAGGAGGCAAUGUAAUUACUACUUUCUGAAUCUGGCGAUAUCGGACUUCCUUGUCGGAGCGUUCUGCAUCCCCGUGUACAUCCCUUACAUCCUCACUGGCCGGUGGACGCUGGGCAGGGGAAUGUGCAAGCUGUGGCUGGUUAUGGACUACCUGCUGUGUUCCGCAUCCGUCUUCAGCAUCGUCCUCAUCAGCUACGACCGCUUUCUGUCUGUCACCAGAGCGGUGAGUUACCGGGCCAGACAAGGCACGUCUCAUCCCGCCAUCAUCAAGAUGACGGUCGUGUGGGUGCUGGCCUUUCUCCUGUACAGCCCGGCCAUCAUAUUCUGGGAGCUGGCGGUGGGCCAAAGUCGGGUGCCGAAUGAAGAGUGCUUUGCCGAAUUCUAUCACUCCUGGUACUUCCUGCUAUGCGCCUCCAUGCUGGAGUUCUUCUCCCCUUUCAUCUCGGUGGCUUUCUUCAACCUCAGCAUUUAUCUGAACAUACGCCGGCGGAGGCUCCGCUGCAGGGAGGCUCAGCUCAACCUUCAGCUCAAUGAACCCGUGUCAGCGCAGGGGGAAGCUAACCCCUUUUCCCGCACGUGGGGCAUGGGAGCCAAGCCGGCCGUGCGAGGCUCCAUCCACUCCCCGACCUCGUCUCCCAAUUUGGGCAAACUGGAUCCGUCGAGCAGCAGGGCGGCCCAACCUAACCGUCUGUCCAGAGAUAAGAAAAUUGCUAAGUCGCUGGCCAUCAUUGUGUGUGUGUUUGCCAUCUGCUGGGCACCGUACACCCUACUGAUGAUCAUCCGUGCCGCCUGCAGAGGGCGAUGCAUCCCGCAUCACUGGUAUGAGGUCACCUUCUGGCUCCUGUGGCUCAACUCUGCCAUUAACCCUUUCCUCUACCCACUGUGUCACAGCAGCUUCCGCAGGGCCUUUGCUAAGAUUCUGUGCCCAAAGCGGCGAAGCUCGAGUCGCCCUUUAGUCAUCCUUCGAGCGGGCCAGUGACCGGCGGGCGCUCCCCAGCCUACAGUCCAAACUGUGAAGUAUUCCAAACGUAAACGUAUCGAAUCGGCAGCGUGACCUUGCGAGUGUGUCAAUGUGAGAAUAACGUGCUAUCUUUUACAUGAUUUAUGUUUUUAUAUUAACUCAAUGUCUGAAAUGUUUACAUUCGUUAAGACAGGUGCCACGAAACGUAAACACGAUUAAAAAAAAAGUAACUGUUGAAUUUGACUUCUUCCUCAAUGAAUUGCUUCUUGUGUCUUGCAAACAUCCGCCUGAAUUUUACAUGAUGAAUGUAUUCAAGGAUAAAUGUUGCUAUUGCCGUGAUGUUGCCAUUAAAUCAAGUUUGAUAUAAAAUCUAUGUGCUCAUAAAAAGCAGCCCCCCCCCCCGCCUCUUUCUUUCGCCAUUAUUACUUUUCUAAAGAACUACAAUGGCAUAUCAUGAAUAUCCUGACACGAUAAAACAGAAAUGUUCUCCUGCCAGACAAACACAUUUUGUCACUUGGACUGAAUCCUCACUUGUACUCUUCUAUCCGUUUACAUUUUGCAUUUACAAUAAAAUGAGUUGUGAAGCGGCACCAAUAGGGCAAAAAAAUA